AUAAACUUUGUCGCAAAAGGAAACAAAGACGUUUAGUCAAAAUGUUUUCCUUCCUCAUUACUGGAAUUGCAAGUUUGAGUUAUUUCAUAACUUUGUCUUCUAGCAGGGUGACUUGAUAUAAGAUAAGAUACUUUUAAUGUCCCCGUAGGGAAAUUUGUUCUGGACUCCGUCCUGUGGAGUGGAAGUUAGUUAUACAUACUGCAAAGUCAAAACACAUCUCAUCAACACACAGCUUCCAUGUAACAGUUUGCACAUACACAUGCACACCUGACAAUGGCGACAUAUUGCACCACCCCCACGGCCAACAUCCUACAUUACCCGUUUGUGUUGAGAAACUUAAUGGACUUAGGCAGGAAUGAAUGUUUAAAACGGUUCAGCCUGCUCUGGGGAACCCUGAAACUCCGUGUGGAGAAUGUGAUUUGGAUCACUGUGCCUGUCUGAUAAUAGACUCAUAGAUUGUUUUGGAGGGACAAGUAUUUUUUUAACCCCCAUAAUUUUCAUAGCAGUCUGUACAUUAUGUUGUUAUUGUUGAAGGUCUAUUUUAAGGUACAUUUCGUCUUUCCCAUUGUGUGUGUGUCUCUCGGCAGCAAAAUAAUAGGUGACAAGUCUGCAAGAUAAUGUCAACAAUGAAAAGCUUUUAGGACAAAUGUUAUUUAAAGUCAUGAUCCUCUCAGUGGCAUUCUAGCUGUUACAAUUGUAAGAGAGUUGCAUGUUUCUUAUCAUUGUCAGUUUACAGCACCUGACGCUACAGCUGGUUUGGGUACAGUUGGAUGAUAAAGCAGAGCUGCCACUGAACCAGAGCAGAGCUGAAGUUGAAUGUGUUGAAUGUAUCAAACUUCUAUGCAAAGCACACUUAACAGCUAAUUAACUGAAUUUAUUGGAUAUAAGUAUCACUUAAAAGUGCAAUAGAAAUGUCAACCGUGGUAUAUAGUAGAGAAAUAUGACAGCUUAGGCAGACAUGGGCGUGGCUUAUCACCAGCAGAUGCACAAGUGCAAUGAUCUGACAUGUUUUAUUCCCCCAUUUUGUUUGUAGAAGUUCUCUGACCUGAACAUUUGGUAAGCAGGCUUGCAGAAGAAUCGAGCAAAGGGAAGCUCCCUGAAAUGUCAUUUAAAUCUAAUCAAACCAGUCUGCCCAGAAUGGUGUGCAGGAAGUCAUGUGCUGGGUAUGUGUGAGUGUGUAUGGAGAGAGGGAGAGAGAGGGAGAAAGAGGGAGUGUGCCUAGAGAGCCAAAAACAAGAGGAACAGUUACUCGAUAAGGUGCUGCUUUGAAUUUCUCUUGAGCACAAGUUCUUUUGCUUCUGUGAAAUUUUAAGAGCUCAGCUUGGAUUUAUAGCGCAGUCAAUGUUUUGCAUUCCUGGAGGAAAAGAUGAGCUGAGUUUUCAUUACUUUACUACAGAGGUAUGUAUAGGCCACAUGGAGGUGGAGAGUCAUGGUGAUGCUGAUGGACUAUCCAGCCUCUGUGGGGCUGCUGUCAGCAGCUGGAGACCUGAGGAUACCGUUCUCAGACACGGUCAAGUACUGCAUCCUGGGCAUCUCGGUCACUCUCCUUCUGCUGGCACUGGGCAUCCUGGCAUGGCAGGCCUUCAGAUGCUGCACGCAGACACACACCACAUACACCCAUCAAGAUCCCGUGAACAGUGAUCUGCUGUACUCUGAUGAAAAGUCAAGAACAGCAGGAAACCACUCAGGAGCUCCAAGUACUAGGGUGGAGGAUGUUGGCACAGAGGUCCGCAGGCUGAGUCGCUGUCUGUCUCUGGCCUCGUUUCCCUCCUCUGGAUCCAGUCAGGGAGACGGAGACAUGGGAGAGCAGGCCAACAUUAAAAAGGUCAAUGGAUCGCUACGUUUCUCCAUCUAUUAUGACCAGCUGCAGUCCCAGCUUGUGGUCACCGUCUUGCAGGUGGAGGGGCUUCUGGAGCACAGCCAGACGCGCAGCCUCCAGCCAUUUGUUAAGCUAAGUCUCAUGUGGGCAAAUUCCGAGGGAGUGGAAGUGGAGGGCUGUACGGGUGAGGAGGGCGAAGGGACCGCACCUGUCCUGUGGACGGUGCUGCGGGAGUGGCGGACUCGCAUUGUGAAAGGCAGCUGUAAUCCUUUAUUUGGAGACCAGUUCAGCUGUAUUCUGCAAGGGCAUGAGGAGCUUCAUCAUAUCAACCUCAGGAUGGAGGUGAGGGACUUUGAUAAAUUCUCCAGACACACAGUGUUAGGAGAGGUGAGAGUUCCUCUUGGGCAGCUCAACAUCUCCUACCCUCUGGAGCUACAAGAAGAUCUGCAGAUACCCCAGAAGGAUCUUGUAGGAGAGGUGCUUCUGUCAUUAAAGUUUCUUCCCACUUCUCAGAGGCUUGAGGUUGGACUGCUAAAGGUCAGAAUGGUCCUCACUGAAAUAUGCUCAGAUGCAGUCCUGUAUGCCAGGAUCAGUGUGCAGUGCAACCAGUGCAAGUUGAGGUACCAAAAAACCUCUGCAGUGGCCCGCUGCCUGGUGACUGUCUUCAAUGAGGUCCUCAUGUUCUCCCUGCCAGAGUUUCCUCUGGAGCAGUGUAAAAUUUUGGUUUCUGUGUAUGAGACUCACACGACUAGGAAAUCAACCAAACAUCUGAUUGGACAGUUGACUGUAGGGAAGGAGAUGAGUUCAGAAGACAAACACUGGAGCUUGAUGAUGCGCUCAGUCCGCCAGCCAAUAGCCAAGUGGCAUGGCCUGUGGAUAUGACUUAAAUCUCAUAAAUCCUCUCCUGCACUUCCUGGAUGUCCAUGCCUGCUUGUAUUUAACUGGAAGCUGUGGUGCUUGUGUAUCAGGCUGCAGAGGGAUCUGCACCUGCUUAACUGCAGGCCAAACAUAGACUACUCUCCCGCCUGACUCCUCUGCUCCAGUAGCGACAGUGGAACAACUGCCUAACUGAAAGCUUAGGUCACUGAGUCUACGUGUUCACUGACAUCUCUUUUAUCUCUCUUUUUAGCUUCAAAUCUCAUCCUAUUGAAAGAGCUCUAAAGAGCUAGAAAUUUGCACUCCUUAUUUCUGAUGAAGACGACUUUAGUUUUGCACUAACUGUGUUGUUUGUGUCAAUGUUUUAUAUAUAUCUUUACGCUGUGCUUUCCUCUUGUGCUUGUAAAAACAGUCCAUUUUGCAUUAUUAAAUCUUUAUAUUGCAACUCUGAA